AUGGAGGGAUUUCACUCUGAUGAGUACUGGUUUUGGAUGAAGAGAAGGCAAAUUCAAGCACAAACGGAAUCAUGGGAAGAAAAAGCAUUUGCAGAAGAUGCAGCUAGGAGUAUACUGAAUGGAAGCAUAUGGCCACCAAGAUUCUAUUCAUGUAACUUUUGCAAAAGAGAGUUUAGGUCUGCACAAGCUCUUGGUGGUCACAUGAAUAUUCAUAGGAGAGAUAGAGCUAGACUCAAACAAAAUCUUAGCCCUCAAAACAACAAUGAUUUCAUCAACUCAUCAUCACUAGGUAAUCAUUGUUUUCCUGCAAAAAGAGGAUCCAUUUCGCCUCCUAGAAUGAUCUCAACUCUAUCAUCACCUUAUUCUUCUUCAAUUAUAUGGGGACAGAAGAAGAUAGGGUCUAAUAUUACAAGAGAAGACAGUUUUAAGGAUUGUGUUGAAACAAGUUUGUCUUUGGGAAUGUUUGGACAAAAAUCAUCAACUGUUGUUCUUCCAUGUGAGGAAAAAGGUAUCAUGUGUAAAAGAUUGAAGACUAAUAACAACACUUCUUCUUUGCCUUCUGUUUUCAUCAAACCAUGUUCAAAUGAUCAUCAUCAAAGGUUCUUGACUUUUCAACAACCUUCAGAAAUUGUACUUGGAGUUAACCAUGGAAUGGAAGAUUUAGAUCUUGAACUUAGGCUAGGGAAACAACAAAAAGCUAUUAAGUAG